GUAUUGCAGUGAUCAGCACGGUUAAUUUUUCCAAAUAUUUCUUGUUCUCGAGACUGGCAUUUGAAGAAGAAGAAAUUUUUAUACGUUUUUUCCUCCUCUUUGAUCCAAUUCAAGAACAAGGAGAAGUAAAAAGGUAAAAUGAGAAUAUAUUUCGUGCUUUCAAUAGCCCUAGUCCUGGCUCUUACGUCAGAGGCAAUAAAAUCAAAGAAAUUGAGAAAAGUUAUCUCUGGUCAUCAUAAAACAACUAAAGGAUCGAAGAAAUGCAUGACCAGCCCAUGCGGCGGUGCUGGAGGUUAUGGUGGUGGUAUGAUGCCUUCCUACGGUGGUGCUGCUGGUGGUAUGAUGCCGCCAUAUUGGCCACCACCUUGCCCUAGCCCACCUUGCCCAGGUCCACCACCCCCACCGCCUUACACUCUCAAUGAAGAGAAACACGUGACACAUCAGCAUACACAUCCUCAGAUGGGGGCCUUAGGUCCACCCCCUCGAAUGCCCCCUCCUCCAGAAUUUGCCCAGCACACUGUCCAUCAUCAUGUUUACCAUCCAGCACCACCCUCUGCUCAACUACCAAUGGUUCCACCCCAGCCUCCAGUGGUUUUGAGAGAUGAGAAACACGUCACCCACCAUCAUACUCACCCUGCUCCCCCAAUGGGACCUCCAGCUUCGCCUCCUUGCCCAGCACCCUGCACGGAGCAGGAAAUCCACCACGAACAUGUCUUCCACAAAAAUAAAGGAAGUUUUGCACAAGGACAGCAAAUGACAGGUCCUAAUGCUGUAAAUGGAGGAAUACAAUUUGGAGGUAUGGGAAUGGGUGGUAUGGGCAUGGGAAUGGGCAUGGGCAUGGGUGGAGGUGCAGGAUGUCCAAGACCGUGCAAAAAAUCCAAACUUCAUAAGAAGAUUAAGGAAGCAAAGAAGUCUCACAAGAAACAUCACCAUAAGAAGCAUCAUGAUAAGAAAACUGAAAAACAUCAGGAAAAGAAGUCCAAGAAAGAUUAAAAAGGACGGCAACACCAUUGACAAGAACAACCACAUUUGAGGCAAAAUAAGCCUGAAGUGUAAUGUUAAAUUGUACAACUGACUAACCAACCAAAUCUGACAAACUGACAACGAUUAUUACUGUAAAGCAUUAAGAAACAUUUGCACAAUGAUAUUGUUUCUGUGAAAUGUACAUAUAGUGAUAUAUUAAUGACAUUCUAGUGGGGGAAGGAAACAGCCAUGCAAACUCUCCUUGCCGGUAAAUGAAUUGUUCUCAGAAGAACGUUCUAACUUUCCAACGUCUUUCAUCUUAGUAACAGAUAAUUAAAUGCCAAUUCCAUCAUGUAAAUUAUUUGUUGUAUUUUAUUAAAUUUUGCAAUGUAAUUAUUAA